AUGGAUAAAGAAGUGUGUAAAAGGUUCAAGAAUAUAUGGGAUACUUUUCCCGAUGAAUUGGACAAUACGGAAAACUAUAAAUUUAAAGAUUUUGGGAUUUUAAAUAAUAAUUGUAAUAAUAAUAAAUUUUCAAAUAAUUAUUGUAAUAAUAUUGAUUUUUCAGAUAGUUAUUGUAAUAUUGAUUUUAAAAGUGAUUUCGAUAAAAUAAGUGCUGGAUGUUUAUAUUUGUUGGAUGAAUUCAUUAAGGAUUGUGGUGUGGAUCCCCCUCCUGCAAGAAAUAAUAUCAAUAUUGUUGAUUACAUUUUGAUAUGGUUAAGUUAUAUGUUAACCCUAAAGGAAAGUGAAAAAGACAAUACAACAUGUUUUUAUAGUACAUACAUAUAUUAUUGUGAUAAGUAUAACACGGGAAUAAACGGAUUUACUGAUUAUAAGAAUUAUAAGGAACUUAUAGAUAAUAAAAUUGCUAUGUAUGGUAUGGAUAGUAAUAUUCUAUCUAAUUUUUAUAAAGCAUUUAAAUUAUUAUGUGAAAUGUAUACUGAAUUUGAUGAAAACACGCCAAAUUGCGCAACAUGUUCGGAAAAAGCUGAUAACUUUGUUAAAAUAUAUAAAGAACUUAAUGAUCCUGAUAAUAUUAAAUAUAGUGGCUAUUGUCAAGCAUGGUCUACAUUAUCAAAUGAUUAUAAGAAUUUAAAAAAUAAAUAUAAAAAUUAUGAUUUCCUUCCAGAGAUAGAUACAACACAAAGUGAUGCAAAAUGUUCUGAACAAACUUCUAAAAAAACUGAUGUAGCAGGAUAUGAACAAUUUUCUGAAGAUACAUCAUCAAGUUCGUCGAUAGCAAACAAAUUAAUUCCGGUUUUAUUGAUAUUUGCUGCAAUACCAAUUUUCUUGGGAAUUGCUUAUAAGUAUUCGUUAUUUGGAUUUCGGAAACGAUUUCAAAAACAAAAAUUAAGAGAAAAGCUAAAAAAUGUAAAGAAGAGAAUGAAUCAUUAA